GUCUUGUCUUCUUUGUAUUUGAUGGGCCUCCAUUUGUUCGCAUCGUUCUUAUUUGGUCUCUUCUUUCGCUUCUUCUUUUUCCGCCUCUUCUUGUUUCUCCUACUUCGAUUAUAUUUGGUGUCGCCGUUUAUAAGCAUAUUGACCAUAGUUUCUUGCGCUUUUUGCCUUUCUUGAUAAAGUUGGAAGCGUUUUUUUUUUUUGCAGUACUGGAAUUGUAAAAGUUGAAUAAAGUAUUUAUGUUGUCAAACAGAUAUUGAACAUAGUCU